GCUCGAAAUUCUUUUACCGAAGAAAUGGAAAUGUGAAAGAGCAGUGUUGCUGAUCAUAUUAUUCGUACUACAUUUAAAGAGGAUUUCAUUUUAGGGAACUCUGUUUUGGGCGAUCCUAACCGUCGGAACUCCAAAUUCCAGUUGUUGGUGCUGAAAUUGGGACGAAAUUCAUCCAUUAUCUCCGAACUGCAUGCAGCUUCGAGCCGCGCGGAUUUCGAGUCCCUAAGAUGAGUUCCAUGAACCUAUAUAGCAACAACAGUCUUGGAGAGCUUGGCAUGAAUGCUGUUAAUUUGGAGCAAGAUAUCAGAAGAUCUUUGCAAGAAAAUGAGUCACAAAUAUAUGAUUCAAUCUGUCAUGAAGAAUCCAAUUCAAUUGUUAGAAGGACUGAAUCUGAAAAUAUUAGAAGAUUGACUGUUUUAAGUGCUCCAAAUAGUGUCCAGGGUGUUGAGUGCUCUCCAAUUGAUGAUUCUGGCUUUUGCUCGACAUCAUCAAUAUCUCCAGCCCCCAUUUGUCGACAGUUCUGGAGAGCCGGAGACUAUGAGGACAUGCUUAUUUCUAAACCACCAUGUCUAAAUCGCACUGGCUAUCUUCAUAUACACCCUAAGUUUCUUCACUCUAAUGCUACUUCUCAUAAGUGGGCCUUUGGUGCUGUGGCAGAACUGCUUGAUAAUUCGAUUGAUGAGGUACAAAAUGGGGCCACCUUUGUUGUUGUUGACAAGAUCUCUAAUCCCAGGGAUGGAACUACAGCUUUGUUGAUUCAAGAUGAUGGUGGUGGAAUGAACCCUGAUGCAAUGCGGCGUUGCAUUAGUUUUGGGUUUUCAGACAAGCAUUCAAAAACUACAAUUGGACAGUAUGGAAAUGGGUUUAAGACCAGUUCUAUGAGACUCGGGGCUGAUGUUGUUGUCUUCAGCCGCUCCAUGUGGGACAGGAAAAUGACCCAAAGUGUAGGUCUGCUAUCUUAUACAUUUUUAAAACAAACAGGCCAGGAUAGAAUAGUUGUCCCGAUGGUUGAUUAUGAGUUUGAUUCACAUACAAGCACAUGGAAUUCAUUACACGCUGAACAACAUCUAAAUAAUAAUCUUUCCACCCUCUUACAGUGGUCUCCUUUUACGACUGAAGCUGAUCUUCUGAAGCAAUUUGAUGACAUUGGCUCUCAUGGUACCAAGAUAAUAGUCUACAAUUUAUGGCAUAACAAUGAUGGAAAAUUGGAGCUCGAUUUUGAUUCAGACCCAGAGGAUAUUUGUCUCUGUCGGAACACUACAGAUAAUGCCAAAAUUUCCUCUAAGACGAACCCAAAUGAACAGCAUCUUGCUAAUCGUCUUAAGCAUUCACUUCGUGCAUAUUUGUCUAUUUUAUACUUGCGAUAUCCUGCGAACUUUUGCAUAGUAUUGCGUGGUCAAAUUGUUGAGUAUCAUAACGUUGGAUUGGAUCUCAAAUUUCCGCAAUUCAUACGGUACAAACCUCAAAAUGUUGAGGAACCUGUCAUCACAACAAUUGGCUUCCUCAAGGAAGCUCCAGCCGUAAAUAUACAUGGUUUUAAUGUCUACCACAAGAAUAGACUGAUACUGCCAUUUUGGCAUGUUGUAAGCUAUGCUACAAACAGAGGCAGAGGAGUUGUUGGGAUUUUGGAAGCAAACUUUAUUAAGCCUACUCACAACAAACAGGACUUCGAGAAAACCCCAGUUUUCGAAAAGCUUGAAGCCCGUCUGAAAGACAUGACAGUAGAAUACUGGGAUUACCAUUGUGGACUCAUUGGCUAUAAAGUUAUGAAAGCUCCUCGACCAAUGACACAUCAAGUGACACCUAGUCCUAAGUCAGAUCGUGGACCUGGUAUAUAUCAACCUGUGGUGCUGACUAGGGACUCCUUACCGUCCUUCCAUCAAAACACAGUGGGAGGAACUCUCAAAAGGAAAAGAAACGAGCAAAUUGUGGAGCCUGGAAGGGUAAAUAGGAUGGGACGCACAGGGUUGAGACCUGUUGACAGUGCUCUCGGCGGAGAUGUACUACAGCAUGCUAUUCCUGCCAGAGCGUUUCAAGUUGCUGAUGCUGCUGUUAAGAUAAUUCAAGAUAACCAAAAACUCCACGCUCAAUUCAAGGAAUACGAGGAGACAGACAAAGAGCUCAAUCUCAAGAUUACAAAACUCAAAGAUGAAAUACAAAAAGAGCGUCGUGAGUAUGCUCGCUUGCUGCUAGAAACGAAAAUGUUGGAGAAAGUGAAGGGAAAGGGCAAUUAGGGAACCUAGACAUGCCUGCUCCUUUUACUGAAAUUUUUGGUAAGGUUCUAGCCAAAGUGCCUAGGCGCGCAAAACAGUCCCGAUUCCGGGUGCGAGGACACUGAUAUGAGCCCGUUUAUAACGUUAUGAACAAAUUUGUUAUUAUACUUAUGUUGGGCACAUGCAAGAAAAUGUGCAUAGGUUUGAACAAGUAACACUUACCCUUUUGUAAACAUUUAGUGGUAUUUAGUUAUGUAAUUUGCCUUUUAUAUUGAUGUAGUUUUG